AUGGAUUCUCAAGAUCCGGCGGUGGAGCUGCCAAAGAUUGCCCACAUGCGGACCAGCAAGCUCGGAGAAGGCGCCGUAGAUCUCCAGCAACCUGAUCCCACCGCCAACGCUUUCCCUGAGAAGGAGGAGAGGGAAGAUCCAUGUAUGACGCCCAGGAGGUUGGAUGAGAAAGAGGAGCGGCCCUCUGUGUGCCCGCCGGCGCCGAGCAAGCCACGGGUGGAGAAGAGGAAGAGAGAUCCUCCCUCUCAGGGAUUCUUCUCUGUACCUCCUGAUCUUGGGUUGGUGUUCGUCCCGCUCUCAGAGAAGCCAAGGAAGAUAAUUCGUGCAGGAUGA